AUGGCUGAAAAGAGAGGAUCGGUCCCUCAUCAUUUAUCAAUAGAAAGAGUAAACAACAAUGGCAAAUUGUUCAUCAAGCAGGCAAAGCAAUAUGCACAAGCUCGCCCAAGCUACCCACCGCAAUUAUUCCAGUUCAUUGCCUCCAAGACUCCCCACCAUGAUCUCGUCUGGGACGUCGGCACCGGCAGCGGUCAGGCCGCCCGAUCUUUGGCCGAGAUUUACAGGUCCGUCAUCGCAACAGAUACGAGCUCCAAACAGCUCGAAUUCGCAACGAAACUCCCCAACAUCCGAUACCAUGACACCUCUCCGACGAUGUCGUAUUCGGAGCUCGAGCAAAAAGUGGGUGCUGAAUCGAGUGUGGAUUUAGUGACGGUGGCUCAAGCCUUGCACUGGUUCGACCUCCCGGUGUUUUACCAACAGGUGAAAUGGGUACUCAAGAAACCACAUGGGAUCAUCGCCGCGUGGUGCUACACCACACCUGAAGUCGACGAGUCCGUCGACAAGGUUUUGAAAGGGUUUUACGAGAACCCGUACUGGGAUCCGCAGCGGAAGCUGGUGGAUGAUAAGUACAAAUCGAUUGAUUUUCCGUUUGAGGGCGUGGAUGGGGAUGGUAACACGGGACCGUUUGAGUUGGGGAAUGAGAGGACGAUGGGGUUGGAGGAGUAUUUUUACUUGAGAUCGUGGUCGGCGUACCAGAAGGCCAAGGAGGAGGGGGUGGAGCUUUUGAGCGAGGAUGUGGUUGAGGACUUCAAGCGUGCUUGGGGUGACGAUGGUGGACCUAAACUGGUUAAUUUUCCUGUUUAUCUUAGAAUCGGAAAAGCGGGUCUGUGAAGCAAAACUAUUGGAUUCCAAAGAAACGGGGAUAAAUAGCCAAAGUCCAAUUAUUAUUUGCUGAUGAAAAUAAUAUAUGAAAUAAAACUAAGUCGAAUUUUCAUGAAA